AAUAUCGGGGUCGGUCGGAUCCCAACGGAAGCGGCCAGCCCGGCUUGGCCCUAUAAAGCAGCAGAGCUGGGCUCAGCCUCGCCCUUUCCGCUUUGCCACGCCCCCCGACGGGCGGGACUGAGCAGAAGGGGCUCGAUGGCCGAGGUUCUUGUCGCUGAGUCGAGCUCCGAUGGGGAAAGCGGCUAUGAUUGGUCUCCCCGCCGGCGCCAGGGCGAAAAGAGGAAGCGGAGAUGGCGGCGGCCGCCCGCCGAGCCCCCGGUGAGUUGCGCCGCGAACGUGGGGGAUGCUGUUUUCUGGUCCCGAGGCUUGGACUUGGCGGCCGCUGCCGGCGUCUCUCCUCCUUUCUGCCUUGGGGACUCCGAGUCAUUUCUCCUCUCCUUGCCCAUUCACUUCUCCCCACGCGCUCCCGUAGGCAGUGGCGGGGUGCCGGGAGGCAGGCGCCGUCGGCUGGGCACACGCAGGCUUGUUCGUACACGCCCGGGUCGCCAAACGCAGGAGAAUAUUGUGCUGGCUGGGAACUAAAUUUGUAGGGCGCGCAGAUAAAGUCGGCGUUUCCAGAGGGCAUGACUGACGUCCGAAGCUGCAGCCUUCGGGCAAAUCUGCUUUUGGUAAAAACUAUCCCAUAAAGAGGAGCGCCUCUUCCUUUUAACGUAACGCAAACAAGUGUGCCUGAAUGCAUUUUAGUGAGGCUUGGAGAACAGGAGUUGGUAAAGCCAGCUUUGUUAUCUGUGGGAUCCUGACAAAUAACUCACUGCACGCGAUCCUGCAGUGCUCCCUAUUGCAGAAAUUCCUUAUCUCGCUCCUGAAUCCUAUCACCGUGGUGCUGGAGCUUGAUCACGACGUUGCUGGUAUGACCUUGCUCUGCCCACUUUGCCAUGAGCCGAUCUGUUUCAGGAGGAUACCCAUAAGGAAAAACAGAUGCACAGGAAACUGCCUCACACCAGGGCAGAUCAGCUGUUCUCAGCUCUGACAACCGGAUCCUUUGAACUGGGGAUUCCAGGGAUCAAAUGCUUUGCCACUAAACUGUGGUGCCUCCCAAACUCCAACUGAGUAGCAGUUGCCAUUUAAAACAAUGGAAAUGGAAGUUGAAUGCUAAAAAGGGAAUCUGUGUGUGGCCAGCUAAAUGGAAGGGAAAGGUCCUGUACUGCAGAAAGCUGUAAACAAGGCCAUGAGUCUCUCCUGACAUCAUGGGCAGUGCUGUAAAGCAGAGAUAUGUGGCACAGUAAAAGAAUGGAGAAUGAAAUUGGGAUAACUGGGAAGAUGUGGAGCAAUCAAAUGAAGUUUGCUAUGGCUAAUGGAGGGGAUGAACAUCCGAAGAAGAAAUGGUAGCCGCCAGAGUAGAACAGUAGCUCCUGUAACACAGUGUAGAGUGAACAAUAAUGGGAUGUGCAGAGGUGAAACAGAAUGAAAUUCCACACUUGUUGAAUAACUGACUACAUAGUAUGACAUCAUAAUGUUAGUUACAAGUGACAGUUGUCCAUGUUCUAGUAACUUCUGGGCUAAACUAUUAUUAUGUGUUGCAUGUGACUUUUGAAAAACAUUAAAGAAGCAUCAUUGAUUUUGAGCACCGCAACUGGGUUAUUAAUGGGGCUGAUGGCUGCUAUCACAUCACCCCACUACUAAAAGGUUCUCAUAGAAUCAUAGAGUUGGAAGAGACCACAAGGGCCAUCGAGUCCAACCCCCUGGCUAGUUGCCAGUUUGCUUCUGGGUUCAGUUCAGGUGCUGGUGUUGACCUUCAAAGUACUAAACAACUUUGGUAUCGAAAGGGCUAUUCUCUCCCACAUGAGCCUGCCUGCCAAUCAAGUUCUGCUUUGAUGGUCCUAAACUAGUAGCCCCUGCCUUCUCAGUGUAGGAGGACAGCUACUGGCAAGAGGAUCUUUUUGCUGGUGGCUCCCAAAUUGUGAAACUCCCUUUCCAGACCUAUUAGCCUGGCACAUUACAUUAUUUGGUGUGUGUUUUAGGUUCUGGGUGAAAUCCACCCUGGGUGCAUGUGGUUUUAGUAGAGCUUAAACCACUUAAUUUAUCUGCUGGUUUUUAUGUUUUAAUCCAGCCUUGUGAAUAAUUUCCCUCACCCCACAUUACUAUCUUGCAGUAUUCUUUACUAGCUUAUUGGGGGCUAUCAAAGAAGAGGCAAAAGCUGUAUUUCUGUGGAGAAGGGAGGAACCCUCCUCUAGCAGCCCAUUUGCUUUUUAUGCUAGGCACAGAGGAGGGACCAAGCUUCCCAUCUCUUUUGCCAACUCACUCUCUCCUCUGCAUGGAACUCCAUUCACUAACCUGCAUGCAGUUUGUGUUCAUCUAUGACAGGGUUGGGGAAACUCAGGGCCAGGUGUUGAAAGUGGCCUCCAGGAGUCUCUGUCUUGGAGACUCUUGGAAUUUUGCCUAAGCCGCCACUCAUUGGCCUUGGUUUGUACUGUACUCGGUUUGUACUUGGUUUGUUUUGUCUGAUUAGAAAUGUGUCCUUGAACUCCAGUAGUGCCUCUUGCUGGUUUGGAUUAAGGAUAAGAGAGUAUGUGGAUGGGUGUAGAAACUAGCCCAAGGUAUAAAAAUAAAAUUUACAUUUGUUGAUUACUUCAGCCUCUGAUCUUGUGGGAUAUAUGGCCCUUGGAAGGUUGCCUAGAAGGGAAUGCAUCAAAUUGCUUUGUGCAACAUUUCCCAAAUGCUAGACAACUAGCUGGUUGUCGGGUAACUUGGCUGCACAAAGUUGGCCUGCAGGCUAGUGGAUCCUCACCCCUGAUUUAUAGUAACCCAUGAUCCCUGACCAUUGGUGAUGCGUGCUGGGACUUGUAGCUCACCAACAUCUGGAGUGUCAAACGUUCCCCACAGCUGCCGUAUGGUAUCAAGGCACUUGGAUCUGUGUCAGCUAUGAGAAGCCUGGGAUUGCCCUGCUUUAUGUCACAAAUUGGCAAACCGCCUCAAUCCUCUUGCAGCUUGUGACGCUGUUCCUAGCAUGCAGCUAAAGCCACAGGAUAUGCCAAACCAGCUACCAUGUCAUAACCCUGCACAUGACCUUGUUAGGGUGCCUGGCUGGCCACCUGAUGCUUAUGCCUUUCCCUUUCAGGAUCUCUUCCCUUUCUGAAUGCUGCUGAUUAAAGGCUUUACCUUUGUCACAUAUGUUGUUUAUUGAUGGUGAUCUCAUUUCCCACACCCUACUAGGAUCUGGCGCCAUGUGAGUUCAGGAAGGGACUACAAAGGCAGGGGAGGGUUCAAGGAGCUUGAUGACUCCGGGGCAGCACAUCCUCCUGCCCUGUUCGCUAAGUACCCGGAACUGUGAAAGAGCAUUACUCUUAGGGUAUGCCAAGUGAGAUGGGUGCUGCUGCCAGGAUGUGCAAGAUAAUUGUGCAGGCAUGUGCACUGAGUCCUGCUAGGAUGCCAGCUGGCAGCGCCAGCCUAUCUGGUGAGAUGGAAGGUGUGGAUUGGUCACAGGUGUUGGUUGGGAAAUAAGGUGGAGCAAAAGGACUGGUUGGUCCCUGCAGUGCUUCUGUGGAUUGGCCCUGUGUGCCUGACCGUGGACAGCAUUCCCCCCUGAUCCUGGAUUCAAAUUAAGGAUCUCCGGUAUGUAAAACGUGAGUUGUUUGAGUUCACCUCACACUGGUUGCAGGUCAGGACAAUUUUGUGCCCGUUCCUUAUAACUGCAUCCCACAAUGUGGAGGGCACACUUCAGGCUACUGUAGUUGUCUGCUUUCUACUGUGACUCCUUGUCUUCUACACUAGACAACUGUUACUUCUUUCCCUCUGUGCUGCCUUUCAUUGCUUCAUUUGCUGAUUCUACACAAACUCGAGAUGUGACCGCAGUUGCUCUCUCUCAAGUUGUUAUUCCCAGCAACAGGUAUUUGGAAGCAUACGGCCUCUAGCAGUGGAAAUUGAACGUAGCUGCCAUGAUUAGCUGCCAGCUGAUUUUUUUUAAAGGAUUAUGAACUCUGGAUAAUGGCCUGUAGGAGCUUUUAUGUCUAGUUCAGUAAUUUUCAAGUGACAGAGGCUGGUAGUGACUGGAAGUGUGUAGUUUACAAAUAAAGGCUUAUUUAUGGUAUUCAUGAACUCUGGCAGGAGGUGGUCUCAGCCCAGUUCCUGAGAGCCUGUGCUUGACAUUAUGCUACUUUUAUUUGUUUUUGAAGUAGUCAGUGAAAGUUGCAUCAGCCUUUUCCUUGGAACACACGGUGCAUAUCGAGGCCAGAGCUACUUUGAGAAUUGCUUUAUGCCCCUAAUUUUGGUGCAGUUAGAAAAUGGGGGAAAUGAAUAAGGGCAAGUUGUUGAGUUGAGGGAACUUAGAAAUCAGAGCAGGAAUCAGACUCAGAAAUAACAAAAGAAUUGCACUCAGACCACAUUGGUUCCUUGCGCUCUGGUCACUGGUGCGGGGCUUCACUUCCUCCUAGUAGGCCGAGGCCUGAAACCUUCACUAAGGGGGGUGGCAAUGGGUGUUGGCAAAAAGGGAAAUAAAUAGGCCUAUGUAAAAUGCUGUGUGUUGUGACUGUUUGAAUCUUGCUAAAGAUAAUAAGAUUUGCACAAAUUUGCAAUUUGUUGGUUAUAAAAGGAAAGAGAGGUUAUUUCCUCUCAGGCAUGUUGUGGUUAAGCAGAAGAGUGAGCGGCAGUUGAAACAUCUCCCUCUGCCACAUGUUUCCUCUUGUGUCCCCUACAAAAAGCUACUAGAAGCUUUGAGAGGUAUCAGCGACAACCCAGGUAAGGAAAUUGCACCCUGUGAGGGACUCUAAUGCAGGGUAUAAAUAUUGUCAAAUAAAUAAUAAAGGAGUUGAUCAAAGAAAAGCUAGGCCCUCUUGCCCCGUAAAUAGUCUCUCCUGAAUCCUUGUUGUUUCCACCUGGUAAGCGCCAUAUUUUUCCAUGUAUAAGAUGCUCCCUGUUUUGGGGGAUUCCAAAUUAAGAAAACAUCCCUCAGCACUACCCGUGUAUAAGACAAGCCCCAAUUUUAAACCUAAUUUUUUGGUUAAAAAAAGCCUAGUCUUAUACACGGAAAAAUACGGUAUCUUGCAAGGGUGCAGGAGCAGCUUUUAGCCGUCUCGUUUGUAACUUUUAAAGAAAUCUUGAAUACUUCUGAGCUGACUUGAGGAGUAUGGGUUGUAAACAGUGCUAGUCCUCCUUAAAAGUAGAUGCAUUGAAGCUAAUGGACAUAAGUUUGGUUUAUUAAUUUCAAUGGGCCUUCUCUGAGCAGGACCAGAAUUGGUUACAUCCCCAUGUUUUUAUGCAAGCAGGGAGGCCUCCAGCCAAACUGGAAUUCUGUUGGCCAUUUAAUUCUGAUGCUACUUUCAAAUAUCCAGAGGUUCCAGCAGGGAGAAUUGAAAUGGUAAAAGGAAUGGCAGUUAGGCACUUCCUUUUAGGUUUCAAAACUUGUUUGUAGGAAGGUCAUUUGAGCUAGGGCCCUUUAUUCAGAACUGUUUCAUCUCCAAAUGAUGUUUCUUGCUCAUGCUAAGCAGUGAUAUCUUAUUCACUUCUGCCAUAAUUUUAAACGUUCAACCUCAGUGACAUAUUUAGGGAUCCAAUAUGAGAGUCACAUUGUCACUUUCUGAAUCAUAAAUUUCAUACAAUAAGUCAUUUUACUGAUUUGUCUGGUACAGGGUUUGUGUGUGUGUAUGUGUUAAGCAUAAUUUUCUUUCGAGGUGCCUCACCUGGGACUAUUUUUCUCCUCUCUGCGUCCCCUCUGGAAUGUUUGUCAAAGAAUGCUCCAAAUAGGCUUUCAAUAUAUAAAAUCUACUUGCUAUAUCUUGAACGGGAACGUAGAGGAAGGACUGUUUCUCAGUGGUAGGGUGCACACAUAGCAUGCGAAAGAUGCCAGGUUCAGUCCUUGUCAUCUACAGGUAGGGUUGGGAGAGACUAGCCAUCAAUCCUCUCCCCAGCAUUUGCCCUUUGCUGCUUCCAGUCUUCUCUCAAGCAAGGAUAUGGGAGCCAUCUGUAUGGCAUCUAGGCUGGUGAGAGGACUUCUCCCCUCUGAACUACAUUUGAGUAAGGCUCCUUGGAAUGCAGGAAGACCACAACUUUAUUGUCAGUUAACUCUUGUUUUGUAUUUAUGUACUGAAACCUAGACUGGGUCUGGAGGUUUUUUUUAGUAAUAUUGAAUUUAUUCUGUAUUUGUUAGAUUAUUGAUUUUUGUCAUUUUCGAAUUUAAUGACGUGCUCUGUAUUUUGUAUAUUUGCAUUUUGAUGUUUUGAAUGUUUGAAUGUUUGUGGAAAAGUAGCAUAUAAGUAAACUCAAUCAAACAAUCGAUAUAGCAGAGCUAAAAAGAACAGGUAUGGUAUGCCUGCUAAAAACCUGUUUCAGAGCCUUUUUGCAAGAAUUCAUAUCCUUUGCCUCUCUGUGUUGCUAUUGCUUUAUAUUUCUUGUGCCACAGAGGAUUGCAUGCAUAAUCUCCACUGUCUUCCUACCCCCCACUCCUGGGGCCUGCUAUCCUGACUUCUCAUAACAGAUUCAAGUGGGUAUGUACUACCCUGUCCUUGUUGGCUUAAUGUGUCCCACCUGGGACAGCUUCAGCCAGCAAUUGAGUGCAUCACCAUUCAGAGUAAUAACUCUCGCAUCAUCAGGCUGACUAAGUUUUGAAGUGAUCACCAACAGUAGUCAUAAUCCAGAGUGGUAGCAUUAAGCAAACAGGACAGCAGUACAUCUCUCUGUCCCAGUGCACAAGGCUCCCUUUACUCCCGUUUGUCACGUUUAUAAGAACAUUUGAUUUUGCCACAUGAUAAGGAAAUGUAUGGGUGUCUAGAUGCAUUAAUUAGAGAAAAAGUUUUGUUUUGAGCACCUGUGGGUAGUUCAGUUGGCUAGAGCAUGGUGCUGAUAACGCCAAGGUCACAGGUUUGAUUCCUUUACAGGACAGAAGCAUGAUAAGCAGGAGAUUACACACCACUGGCAUUCUUUUCCCCUAUGUAAAUUCCCUCUGAGGAUUUUUACUUUAAUACUAUCAAAAUACAAAACCCAUGCAUUUGAGGCAUGAGCUUUGUGUGAUUUAGUACUGGGAAAAGGUGGCCAGCACAGACCAAGAAGGGUUGCAGAGAGCUAACUGCUGCUGUUUCUGUCAUGGGAUGAAUUAUGCAACUAGGCGAUUAAACUUCUUGCCAUGGGUUAAUUGAGGUACAUGGUCCCUGGGGAACAAAUACAAUAAAUAAAUACUAGCAGCUGAGACCCAUAUCUGUGGGGUGGGAGAGAGAGUUGUGUCCUACCAACUAAUAACCUAAGUCAGCAACGCCCAUCCAAAACCAGAAGAUCUUGCUGCAGUUCCACAAUUAUAUAUUCAGGCUUUAUCAUGGAUGAAUCUCCAUGAUAACUGUGGGAGCUGUGCAGCCACUGUUGCCAAUAACUUUUCUCCAUUUACCCCAUCAUCUAAUAUUGGCAUAGGAUAAAUGCUAUUGAUUGGUCGGGGGGGGAUUCUACAAUUUCCAGGGUGUGCCCCCCAACCAUUUAGGAUUUAUAAUUUUGGUCAAAGCUGUGUCAUGCAGUGAUGUAAAUCUUUUUCUUUCUCUCACCUUGUAGGAGAUCAUUGAUCUCACUGGGGAUGACAUCACUGUAAUCGAUCUGACGGGGACUGAGGAUGACAUGAUCAGCCCUCUUCAUGAUAGUUGCAGUGGCAUUCAGGACCUGAAGCACUCUACUCCAGUCAGCAUGCACUCGGUGUGCUGUCCGAAAAUCCUCACCACUGAAAGCGCUGAGAACAAAGUUGAUGUGCCAAUCAGCAUGUGGGACAGAGACUGUGAGCUGCCUUCCCCCAAAGAAGAUGCUAUAAAGAAGCAGCCCAUAUUUCAAUGUAGCAGCUGCCCCAUCAUCCCCAGCUACCGUGGGGACUCUGAAAACAGCAGCCACACCACUUACAACAGUGAUCUGGGCUCCUUAGGAAGCCCCCAGGUGGGGUCUGAUGUUUUCUCCUUCUCUUCAACCCCCAGCAGCAGUGAAUGUCAAGCCCCCUUGGACUGUGUGGGAGAGGUUCCUGGUGCUGGUCCAUCUGUGGAAGAGCCCAGCCCCCAGCAUUCCCCACUACAUCAGAGACAUUCCCCAAGCCCCAUCCCCUCCUGUUCUCCAAUGAGCACAUCUCCAUCUCUAGCAGAAGCUAAUCAGCAUUUUCUAGAGGCAAAUAACCCAGCACCAAAUGCUGUAAAAUCACAUGUUUGGGAGCCAGCGAAGCAGAUCGACAUCAAGGUCUGGUUGAAAACAUUGCAGUACUUCCAGGGAGUUCCUGUACAUUACCCCUUUUUCCAAAAUGUGGUGCAGGAAAAAGAUGCUGAACAGGUAAUUGAUGGAAGAGACCAGUGCUUCAGUAGUCUGAAUAAAAAGAGAUGGAAAUAAUAAUAAUAAUAAUAAUAAUAAUAAUAAUUUUUUAUUUAUACCCCGCCCUCCCCAGCCAAGGCCGGGCUCGGAGCGGCUUACAAGCAAUAAUAAAAACAAGAUGAAUGAUUACAACUUAAAAAUAAAAUACAACAUUAAAAUAAUGGAACAUUAAAAUAUUAAAAUCUAGCCUCAUCGCAGGAGGAGAAGGAAAAGAAAAAAGAAAGAGAGGGAGGGAGGGAAUCAAAUUGGCUCCAAGCCAAAGGCCAGGCGGAACAACUCUGUCUUACAGGCCCUGCGGAAAGAAAUCAGAUCCUGUAGGGCCCUGGUCUCAUGAGGCAGAGCGUUCCACCAGGCCGGAGCCAGAGUUGAAAAGGCCCUGGCUCUGGUUGAAGCCAAUCUAACUUCCUUAGGGCCUGGGACCACUAGGGUGUUGUUAUUUAUGGACCUUGAGGCUCUCCGUGGGGCAUACCAGGAGAGGCGGUCCCGUAGGUACGAGGGUCCUAGGCCGUGAAGGGCUUUAAAGGUAAAAAGCAGCACCUUAAAUCUGACCCUGUACUCCGCCAGGAGCCAGUGUAGCUUGAAAAGCACUGGGUGAAUAUGCUCCCAUGGCAGAGACCCCGUGAGGAGCCUCGCUGCAGCAUUCUGCACCCGCUGGAGUUUCUGGGACAGCUUCAAGGGCAGCCCUGCGUAGAGCGAAUUACAGUAGUCAAGCCUGGAGAUGACCGUCGCAUGGAUCACUGUGGCCAGGUCGGGGCGGGAAAGGUAAGGGACCAACUGCUUGAUGCGGCGAAGGUGGAAAAAUGUCGCCUUGGCUGUUGCUGUAACUUGCGCCUCCAUGGAAAGGGAGGCGUCAAGGAUUACACCCAAACUCUUAACGGAAGGCAAUGGCACUAAUUGGGCCCCGCAAGAGAAGGGAGUUGGUCCCUCAUCCCCAUGCCAUCCUGACCUAGCCAUAGGACCUCUGUCUUUGAAGGAUUUAGUUUCAAUCGGCUCCCACGAAACCAUCCAGCUACAGCUUCCAAGCAUCUGGUCAGUGUGUUCGGGGCCGAGUCGGUGUGGCCAUCCAUCAGCAGAUAGAGCUGAGUGUCAUCAGCAUAUUGGUGAUAGCCCAGCCCAAAGCUCCGGAUAAUCUGGGCAAGGGGCGCAUAAAGAUGUUAAAAGCAUCGGGAGAGGAUUGCGCCCUGCGGCACUCCACACACCAAGGAGUGGCGCGACGACAUUUCCCUCCCUAGUGCCACCCUCUGUCCCCGACCAGAGAUAAAAGAGCACAACCAGUUACGGGCUAUGCCCUGUAUCCCGUUUGCGAGGCGGUGGUCCAGAAGAUCAUGAUCGACCAUGUCAAAGGCUGCUGACAAAUCUAAAAGGAUCAGCAGUCCUGACCCGCCUCGAUCCAGUUGUCUACGGAGAUCAUCUGUUAGGGCAACCAGAGCCGUCUCCAUCCCAAAACCAGGACAGAAACCGGACUGAAAUGGAUCUAAUGCUGAUUUUUCCUCCAGAAACCUACCAAGCUGUUCAGCAACCGCUCUCUCAAUUACCUUACCCAGGUAUGGAAGAUUUGAAACUGGGCGGUAAUUGGAUAGGUCUAAGGGAUCUGAUGAAGUUUUCUUUAAGAGUGGACACACCACUGCUUCCUUCAGUUCCCCUGGGAAUGUCCCCGUGUCAAGGGACAAAUUGAUAAUUUCAACCAGGGGGGUCCGCGCAACAUCUGGACACUCCCUAAUCAGCCAAGACGGGCACGGAUCAAGGAGGCAGGUGGUGGGCCUACCAACUUGGAGGACUCUAUCCACAUCAGUAGGGAGUAUCCGAUCGAAAUGGUCCAACACUGGACCUGAAGUCAGUCGAGGGGCCUCCAGUUCAGUCACUGUAUCUAAAUUGGCAGGGAGGUCACGGCGGAGCAACAGGACUUUCUCCACAAAAAGCUCGCGAAUGCCUCACAGCUGUGGGUCGAAUUUGUGCUUAAAUUUGGUUGUCCUCCUAAGGACGUUAUUGACCUAAUUAUUCUAAAAAGUUGUGCCGGGCGAGAGCUAGCGGAUGAAUGGAAGCUGCAAAGUAGGAUUUCUUAGCAGCUUUCAUAGCCAUCUCAUAGGCUUUCAUAAGCGUCCUAUAAGAUGUUCUUGAGGCUCCGUCACGAGUCCGUCGCCAUACUCGCUCUAGCCGUCUGAGAUCCCACUUCAUUUUCCGGAGCUCCUCAGUAAACCAAGGGGCCCGGUUUCGACGGGGUCGCAGAGGGCGCUUAGGCGCGAUCUCAUCAAUGGCUGCCAAGAGCCGGUUAUUCCAGUCCUCAACAAGGUCAUCUAAUGAGUCGCCAGGAGGAGCAGGGUUCCGCAAGGCUUGUCGGAAUCUAUCAGGAUCCAUCAGUUUUCGCGGACGAGCCCAAAUAGGUUCGCCACCCGAGCCGGGGAGGAGCGGGAAGUCAAUCUUGGCUUUCAGAGCGUAGUGAUCAGACCAUGGCACUUCCACAGCAGGGAGCAUGAUCACAUCUAUGCCAGCCCCAAAGAUCAGAUCCAGCGUGUGGCCUGCUUGAUGAGCGGUUUUGUUGCCUAUGGACCUGGCAUUGCACAGCACCAAUGACGGAGGUGUGUAAUCCUUGCUCUCCCUACCCUCAUCCCUUGGGAUGGGGCGUAGAUUGGAAGGGGUUCGAGGAUCACUGCAUCUCGAAACCCUUCGCCGAUAGAGAUAUCUAGCCCCACCGCCAUUCCUCCCUAGCCCUUCAAUUGUGGAAAUCCCAGAUCCCAUACUAGCUUCCCCAAUAGAUGGGUAACAUCCCCUCAAUAACAAGUCAUCCUUGGGCCAGGACUCCUGGGUCAAAAUGGUAUGGGAAAGAGGUGGAGGUCUGAUAGGGUAAGUAUCCCUAGAAGAUAAAACCCAACCAACCGCACCCCAAGCGGGGGAGACAGUCCCAUGGUGUUUCAUUAACUGUCAAUCCCCCUCUCCCUCCUGGGUUAAUUGGAGGUUUGUUGGUUCUAUCUGUGGCUGUGGAAGUAUUAAUGAGGUAUGUGUUAUAAAAUGUGGAUCACUGGCCAACAAAGAGCCAGAUUCGAAUUCGGAAGAUCUGUCCAUCCUGUCUCGCCAGGAGUACAGUAGAGAAGGCUGAUCAUUCUGAUAAGUUUUUGGAACAUUAGGCAAAGGUCCAGAUGUAGAUUUGGUGCUGGAUAUCUCCAGAUUGUCAGCAACAUAGAGUUCUUUAGGUGUUGUUGCCAUAGAAAUGUCGGAGGUGCCAAAUUCCUCAUCUAAUUUGAUGUCAUUUGAAAAGGGAACAGGGAGUUGCACUGAUGUCUUUCUAUGGGAUAAAGAGCUGUUGGACGUCUUUAAAUAUUGUGCUCUAGGCUCUACUGUCCUUAUAUUUUGGGUAGAAAUCUCAGUCUUUAUACUCAUUAGCCUCUUCUUCAGGUCUUGUAAUUCUAGGCUUACAAAGUUCUUUUCUUCCUUCGGGCAAUUAGUAUUUCUAGUGUUGAGCUUGGUUUCCUUUAUCCGCAUUAGCUUUGACUCUAUGCAAGGGACCAAUUGCCUCCUAGUUUCGUCCUUAAAUACCCUCACUGGGCGGAGAGAAUGGAACCACCAUAGGGUAUCCUUUAUCUCCAUGAGUCGAGAUGGGAGGCUUGAUUACCUAAAGGUCAUAAAUAGCCGCAUGGUGUUUCUCAAGGUAGGCAGGAAGUGGAAAUUUUCUAGAUCUACAUUUCGGUAAUGGUAAUUCAGGAGCUGAGACAAAGACAUAGUAAUUUGUCUGCGGUUCAACCACCUAUGAGUGUAUCGGUGAAUCUCAAGCAUUAUCUGGUUCGUUUGCAAGACUUGACAGGACCUCACUUCAUCCAUAGAACCUGGAAAGAACCAGGCUGUACAAGCAAGAGCAGGAAUGAGGUCAUGCAGGCUGAAAUGCCCAACAUCAACCAAGGCUCUAGUAAGUUUAACUUGAUUGUGGGUCUCGCAGCACUGCACAGAUUUGACAGCUUCACAAAUAAGCAUGUGUGAAAGAGAAAGACUCUCUAAAAGUGCAAUCCUAUGCAUGCCUACUCAGGAAUAAGCUGCACUGAACUCAAUGGGGCUUACUACUUAAGUAGAUAUUUGCUGUAAAAGAAGGAGGCCAUUUUUAUUUUACAUGUUUAAAUAUCUGAGAAGGGUUCUCCCUCUCAGUUGGCAAAGACAGUUGAACAGAAAUACCUUAUGGGGGGGGGGGGGGACUUGUUAUGCGUUUAUGUUCAAAAAAUUCAAAUCUUCAUUCAGAAAUUAUUUUUAUUGGAAUAAUUACUUGUAUUUUAAUUUGUAACUACUCAACAUCAUACUUUCCCAAAUAUUAUUUAAACUGUAAGUAAGCAGUUUUCACUGUCUUUUAGCAUACUCAUUUUAGGAUGCAUGAGGUCCUGUGCAAAUACAUGCAUGUGCUUCCUAUGUAGUCACCUGAGAAAAGUUAAUUAUAAAUUUGAUCUAAGAUUGGACUAGUAUUGUAUCCAUUUCAGCUGCCCAGUUUGCCUUUCAUUGCAUUCAUAUGUUAAGUUACCAAUUUUAUGAAACGGGGCAUUUUGGAAAAUUUUCUGUAGAAGAAAAUAGCAAUAGAAAACUUCCUGCAGAAUUUUUUUCAAUCCCUCUUCACUUGUGCUCAGGAACGUUAUGCAAUGUUUAUGUUUCAUUGUAUCCACAGAAGAAGCAGCCUAUCCCAUCCCGGAAACUAAGCAUGGUGUUCAGCACUAUCGAGGAGAAAUUCUUCCAGGGAACCUUGGACUUCCUUAUGGAUUAUGUAACCUCCCAGCACUACCCGCCAAAGGAGAUCACAUCGUGUGUGAUCAGGCAGAUUCUCUUGAGCUCAGAUCAACAAGAUGUGCAACAAGAGACACAGAAAGAUGCUUAUAUGUUGUUGAUGAAAAUCCAGUCGUAUGUAUCCCGUGAAUUACUAUUCUUUUAUUUUGUGUUGCCUUGCAAAGGACCAUGAUCCUUUCUUUCUAAGCUUUGUGGUUGUGUUGUAAAUUCUGCCAUAGUUUUGUGUGUAAGUGAUUGCUUAAGGAAACAGAUAAAUAGCUGCACUUGCAGAAACAUACUCUGCUCUUUUAAUGGUUUGAUCUUUUCAUUUCUGUGAGGCCUACUCUUUAUUAAUUAUGAACGUUGAUCAUGCACCCUUCACUGAAAGGUGGUCCCAGGGCAGAAGAUGUAUCAAUAUUUAAAUAAAAAAUGAGCCAUGUAGAGACUAAACAAAAUAAAACAACGUCAAUAAAAUUCACAAUAAGAUCAUAGGCAGCUGCCAUGGAAAAGCUAUUUAAUUAAGUGAUUAUGUGAUCAAAUUUAUAUUACAAUGGAACAACUGUAUGUAAUAGCAGCUUAUUCAUACAGUCAGAACAUGCACCCCAACUGCAUUUUAUCAUUGGUUAAAUAUUGCUACAAGUCCCCAUUCAAAGGCAGUAAGUGCAAUAUCAAGAAUGUGCACAACUGGGAUAGUGGUCGCCUUGCUCUAGUGAAAUACAGUGUAUCUGUUUGCACCUUUUAAAAUAAACAAAUAACCAGAAGGUUCACAAAAGAGCAGGGUACUUCUGCAAAGGAAGAUCUGAUACUUUUUAAAUGUUAUUUCAAAAAGCCUAAAUGCCCUCUUCUACAGUAUUUGUAAACGUUAGUGACUUAAACAGUUGGACCAUAGCAUGAGCUUUAAUAACAGGAGCCAUCACUAGUAAUGGUCCAAGCAAUAUCCUGCAGGUGUUUAUGGCACUUCCAGGGCAGAAUACAACUAAUGAGUCCUAUCAUCAGUUGGUCAUGGUUAAUGUGGUAUGUGUUUUACUAAACUGCAUAUUAACAGUUGCCACUCUUCACAAAAUACCACCAAGGAACCAAUAGACUGGAUGCUUUGAAAUGUGUCUUUGAUUUGCUAUUGCAAAGAACGUUUGUGAUAAAGAUUUGAUGGUAUAACAGGCCUACUUCUUAAUUUUAGACUUCAUCCAGCAAGGGCUGACACUGUGGUCUGGGACUGGCUGCUACUGCGAGUGGUAAUAGAAGAGCAGGUAUGUUGAUUACAUCUCACUGUGUGGGAUGGGUGGUUUUUAAGAAACUAUCAUUCUGCCAGCCUUUGCUUUGCAACUAAGAGAAGGGUUCCCAUGCCAGCCCCUGUACUAACAAACUGGUCUUGAAGUAAGCCUGAUUGGCAGGGACUGCUUUGCAUUUGUUGCAGAAAAAGAGGAAGGAAAGUUACCUGGCUGAACAUCUUAGUCACUGUCAAUAAAUCAAGGCUUGCCAAAGGACAUUUUGUGGUCUCUUUGAUUUCGGAACGACAGGAAAGAGAACCAACCUCAAGUGGCCAAAGAAAGUGUAAUGCACUUUAAAAAACAUGUAAAUGCCCAGUGCGUUUCAGCCAGGAGAGGCAGAAUGAUUCAAUUCUCUGCCCCUGCAUUCUGUGCUAGGUUCUUCUAACCACCCCCAGAACUAACUGAGGGGGGGACACAUAGGGAGGAGGGAGGAAACUUGUGCAUUCUUCACAGCCCACAGGCUAUGCAACUACUGUUGAUUAUAUGCUCUUCCUGCCAGGCUGGGUUUGUUUGUGUUUGUUUGUUUGUUUGUUUGCUGUUCUUACUGUUCCCAAAACCUGGCAUUCCGUGGUCAAUGCCAUGUAUGAUUUAUCACUACUGAACUGUUGUUGUUCUGGCUACAUCCCGAGUGCUUACACAAAACUGGCCACUCCUCUACAUGCUUAUUACUGAAUGAGGCGCUUUAUGUUUAGAGCAGGGCCAGGGAACCUGUGGCCCUCCAGAUGUUGUGGGACUCCCAACUCCAUCUGCCAUUCCUGGCAUGGCCAAUGGUCAGAGAUGAUAGGAGUUGAAUUCCAGCAACGUCUGGAAGGCCACAGAUUCCCCUUUCCUGAGCAAGGACCAUUAAUGCUAUUAUUUUUGUCUUCAGUCACACGUAGAUCUGCUUUAUAUCUUUGGGGCAAGUGCUUCAAAUUCCUUUGUGCCUCAGUCUUGCCAACAUCUAGCUGUAUCUACAUCUUUCAGGGCCAAACCCCACAUGAUGUUAGUCACAUAUUCUAACAGUUACUCUGAUAUUUAAACAAGUGUGAUUAAUCUUGUGGCAGCUAUGAGGCCUCCAGAUAAGAGGGUGAUUUUAGAAAACCAACAUGGACCCAUAAAUCUUGAUCAAGUAGGUGUUUUGAGACCGGGGCCCCACAGCUGGCUUUUUCCAAAAAGCAGCCAAGUUUUAAGCAUGCUUGUUCAAACACUGGACCAGUAUCAUGUGUAAGCUGACCCUCAUGGAUAUAUCCAUUUUGGCCUAGCUACAAUCAGGACUGUUUGUAUUCCAAAAUCCCAUGAAAUAACAGAAAUCAAUAUACUGAAAAUCUCCACUUUUGUUUUUCUCCUUUAAAAUGAAAACAUCUUACCUGUAUACUGGUGACGGUUGCUUGAAAUGGGUGGGCCUCAGAGUUUAUAUAGGUCACAGCAGAUACUAACAGAAGAGAUCUACAGGGUUAAGCCUGGAGAGGAAUGAACUUCCCCGGCUACCAUGCACACUUGGCUGGAGUGCUGCAUGGCCAAUCCAGUCACGAGACUCUCAUAGGGUGGGGUUAUGACUACGUUUCUUGUCUUAUUCAUGUGUAAACAUUGCCUAUAAUUUGCAUAAUAGCACAUGCCUGGCAGUUUCAGCCCAGGUUUUUAGGUUUGUAAGCUCAUCAUACAGAGGAGCGAGGGCUAAUUAUAAAUAAUUCCGUGUUUAAUUUUUUCUGGUACCCUUAGAAAGGAAAGUUUCCUGGGCGACUCCUCUUCUUGCAGUAUGUGAUCCAGACCUUGGAGGAUGACUUCCAGAGGAUGGCCAGAACAGGCACCCUGCACAAAUCCAUUGCCAAAGCAGUGCUUUCCUGUGACCAUUGCUUCGACAAUGUCAAGUAAUUAUCACUUUAAUCUAGAGAGGCUUCCUGUGUGCCAAGCAACUAGGGCUUGAGAAAUUUCACUUGUCACAUGUUCUCUGCUACAUGUGCCCUUUGGCCACUGCUGAUUUUAAGAGCCUGCACGUGUGAGACUCAACCUAAAGCACUACAAAUACUAGUGACUACUCACUAGGCUAAAGCCCAUAAGUAUAUGUGGGUGACAUGCAAGACCACUUGCCACAAACAAGCACCUGGGGUCAUGGCAAGAGGACACACAAGCACAUCCUUCACUAAUACUCUUGUUUCUGUUGCAGGGAAGUGAUUGAAUGGCUAGUAGCUGCAGUUAUGGGUAUACGGGUUACGCAGUACAGAAGACACGUGCAGAAGACCAUUCCUUCACUAGAAACCUCCAGAGCCAUGAGCAGCAGCUCUGUACCAGAAUUGCACUUAAACCAGACUGCACAAACCGAUGACGUCAUUCCACAAUUUCAGUCCCAAACGUAAGUAGGGGAAUGUACUUUUUUUCUCUUUUGCACUGUACAUUGUAGAGAGGGGUUUCCUCCUAGAUAUACUUUAAAGCAAAAAUCAUACCUAUUCAGGUGGUUAUCUAGGUGUCUUUCCCAAUUUAGGAUGACCUACCCCAGAAACAGGGAACCUGUGGCUUUCCAUGUUGUUGGACUCCCAACUCCCAUUGGCCAGUGACCAAGGAGGAUGGGAAAUGUAGUUCAACAAUAUUUGGAGGCCCACAAGUACCCCAUCCUUGGCCCUGGUGAACUAGGGAAGGACAGAUUUUCUUCUAGGUUUUCAUUUGGUUUCAAUGAUGAUGAUGAUGCACUGAUAGUGGUGGGUGUCUGUCUAUCUCAGUAAGCCUGGGAUCUGAGCCUGACAAGCCUCUUCCUGUCUUCAGUAGAUAUCAGCAGAAAAAAGAUACAAGUCCGCUCUUGGACUGGACCUCUCUACCAUUACUAAUGUUUACACUGUAGAAAAGAUGUGCAUAACCUUUGGCCCUCCAGCUGUAGUUAAACUACAACUUCUACCAUUCUGGGCCAUUGGUCAUGAUGUCUGGGGAAUUCUAGUUCAGCAACUGCUAGAGGGCCAAGGGUUCCCCACACCUGCUGUGGAAUUUUUCAUUUGGCUGGGACUCCAUGCAGUUGUUGGAACAUACUUCAUGGAGGCCAGGAAUGUUGCAACACGUCAUGUGACUUAAGCAACCCCCAUAAGAAGCAGAUUCAAGCAUUUCUAUGGCUGUGUGGAUUAUCAGCAGAACAGAAGCAAUUUGGAAAGAAGCUGCACCAUUGAGAAAAUGGCUUGAAACAGGCCUCAAGUUCAUUAGCUUGCUACUCAAAUGCCCAUUAAGUAUCAUGAACAAGUUCUGAAUGUUUCAGCUCUAUCUCAUGUGAGGCUGUACAUCAGAAUUUUCAUCUUCCCUGAUAUGGUAGCUAUGUUCUGAUGGUUCUCUGUUGGUUUGGGAGCAAGACAUUUGAUACACUACAGUGGGGUAGUGUUGAGGUGAUUAACACUAUUGUUUCCUGUUUCUCUGACUUAGGGAGGUGGCAUUCCUGCAGAGGAUGCUUUCUAUAGCAAUAGAAGUGGACAAGUCUCCAAACUGCAGCACCAGUAAAAUUGUAGAUAAUGUGUUUUAUUCAUGGCUGAAUAUUCCCAAGCGCUGCCACAGGUAAGGAGUGUGGGUGUAAAAAAUCCUUCUCUCGUUCCCUGUGUCACUGCCCAACUGCCCUCAUGCCCCCAGAAGCACCUACUCAUUAUAUACCUGGAUGUUCAACUGUUUCUGGACAAAGAGCAAGUAUUUGGUGAGACUGUGCCUAAUCUUGGGAGGACUAAAGGUCCUAUGCAGAUCUAGAGAGCCAGCAAAAGUAUUUCGCUGAUAUGUGUCACCCAGCCUUCCCAUCUGUUCUGAACAGAGAGGCAAUGAGCUUUUUUCUAUCAGCAAAUGUAGCAGUGGUAGACACGGGUGCCUUUUUCCUGUUGAUGGGUUGCCGAGUGGGAGCAUGCCACCAGCAUUUUGUGGUCUGCCUUUCAGUUCCUUUAGAUAUGGCAGCAUUUUGUGACUGGCAUCCACAGAACUUCUGCAAGAUUCCCAAUAUGCCCACUGGCCUGAAAAGGUUUAUACAAGAUGAUGGACAAGUGGAUUUGGCUUGGGUGAAGCAGUAUCACAGACAAGAUGUGGGGGCCUGGUGGGCCUAAUUGGCCUGUGAGCAGGACAUUCCCCAUCACAGCCACUAAAUAUGCCUGCAGGGUCAUACCAAAGAUCCAUCUAGUCCAGUAUGCCUCUUCCAACAGCAGCCAACUAGAUGCUUCUGAGAUCUUUCCUGAAGGCAUUAACCCUCUCCCACUGUUGCUCCCUUGCAGUUGGUACAGUAGUAUACUGCCUCUUGAAUCUAGGAGCUCCAUAUAGUCAUUAUGACUGAUAGUUGCUGGUAGUUGUCUGCUCCAUUAAGUUACCUUAAUCAUUUCAACAUAAAUACAUAAAUCUUGGUUAACAUUCAUUACUACAUCUUUUGACAGAAAAUAAUAAUAAUAAUAAUAAUAAUAAUAAUAAUAAUAAUAAUAUAUUAUUUAUACCCCACCCAUCUGGCUGGGCUUCCCCAGCCACUCUGGGUGGCUUCCAACAAAAUAUUAAAAUACAGUAAUGCAUCAAUCAUUAAAAGCUUCCCUAAACAGGGCUGCGUGUAUGAAAUUAAGUUUUCAUAUAAUGUAUACUUUUCUUUUGGCUGGCAUGAACCCAUUGCCAAUAAAUUAUUUCUUUAUGAGAUGCCAAGUUCUAGUAUAAUGUAAGCAGGAAAAGAACUUCACUAUGUACUUUUUUCUGCUCCAUGCUUAACUUCAUAAACCUACAUGAAGCCUUCAGUAGUCUCCAAGUGUAGUUUAGAAAACAAAAAAGGACAGAAUCAGAGGAAAUGUACGUCCACUGCCAGAGGUGUACCUGGUGGGAGAAGCUGUGAGCGAGGACAUCCCACCCAGUCGGCUAUUGACUUCAGGUGGUCUUACACCCAAGCAAGGAAGUUUAGGAUUGCAGUCAUAAUUUGUGAAUGUUAUUCCAGUGUUGUUAAUGACAAAUUCUAAAUAGCAAAAAAUGGCUAUGCUUUGCAUGUUUUCUUGGAUCUCACUAAAAUGAAAAGGGUAUUACUUCAAAGUAAGCUUGUUUUAGGUUUUCUACUUUUAGUGUAGAAAACAAAGAGAAUUCACUCUCUGCUGAUUGCUUAUCAUCACCUAUUGACAGCCUAAUUAAAGCAACAUCUUAUAAAAUAAUUCCACAGCUGUAUUUAUAGAAAUAUCCUUCCCCAACCUGGUUUCCUCCAUAUGUACUAGACUUCAAACUAGACUUCAACACCCAUCAAAGACCUUUGGCUAUACUGGCUUGGGCUGGUGGGAAUUUGUAGUCCGAAAACAUGGUUGUACCAUUUUGGGAAAGCCUGCUGCAGAGCAUGGUUAGGUUUUCUUUGAACAAAUUAGUUCUGUAUCAAUCAUUAGUCUAUUUGUACUCAGUACAGCAGGGUGAAAUGAAGCAGAUAAGCUUCAGUCACAGCAUUUACCCACUUCUCAUUACCCACUAUUCAUGCAGUAAACAUCUUCAGCAGGAUAGCAGGCCUUGCUGACCACUGAGUGCACACAUUCAGAUAGGGUUCAGUGUGCAUGGAAACAGCUACCAUGUUUCUUGUGUCUAUAGCAAACUGUGGGCCCCGGGACUUCCAUUUUUCUUGGAUGAGUUUGUUAGCCUCAGAAUGCAGAGAUGCUAUGCCACAAACGCCCUCUUCAUCCUUGCCUGCCAUGGUUACUUAUUUCCUGCCAACGCAAAUUGUAAGAAUGGGUUUAGCUUGUCAUUGCUAUUUUGAAAGAGUGGGGCCUGUUCCAGAUGGGAUUGUGCUUUGGGAACAGUUCUGGACUCUAUCCCCCCCCCCCCAUUUUCCCAAGUGUGGCUUGGCCUGUUAAAUUGGUACCAGGUCAGGGAGGCCUCAUUACUCAGUUGAAUCAGCUAUGCUGCUUUGGCAGUAUGUUUCUCGAGCUAGUUCAGGGCAUUGACAUAUGAAGCCCAAAAUGAUCUGUAUCACACAUAAGCUUUGGAAUGUCUGCUCCCAUUUGAGCCUCUCUGCAAUUUUAGAGCAGAUGAGGAAAUUCCAUUUCAGGUUCCAUCUUAUCUAGUGGUCAGGUUGGCCCACACAGGCUUUCUCUGUGCUGCUCCAGAGCUAUGGCAUGCACUUCCAUGGGAGAUAAAUUUAGUAUGUCCCCUUCCAAUGUUCUACAGGCCGGUGAUAAUACCUCUGUUCCAGUAUGCUUCUGACAGGUGUACAACUGUUUCACAGUUGAUUCAUUUUGCUCUUCCUUGGUUUUAUUUAGAUUAGUAAAAAUGGGAACCUCUUAUUGGGCAACAGGUGGUAUAGAAAAUUUCGUAAAACAGGGACAAGUUAUCGUUCCAUUGUUGUCUCCUCACAGGGAAGCCUUCCUAAGCAGUAUGGAAUGUCACCUCUUACGCUGCAAAGUGUUAGAGCUAGUUUUCUACCACAGCUGCAGAGAAGCCCCUGAUCUGCGUCCCUUGUCCUUGAAAAAGAUACUGCAUUUUCUGAAACACUGUUCUCUGCAGCUGACAUACCAGGUACGGCAGAGUUCCUUUCCAUCAUUUAUCCCAAGAACUAAAUAGUUAGUGUUCAUCAUUCCCUCCUGUUUUUAUGUAUUCUUUAAUACUAGCCGUUUCAUUCCAAACUGGGUUUACCUCUUUAAGAGACAUGGAUCUACCUCUUGCAUUCAGAACGGUUAUUAAUGUAUAGAAUCGUUCUAAAAACCAAAGUAACUUAAAACCUAUCUCUUCACAGGACAAUGAAGCAACAUGGCAGAGGUGGGAUGAGAUGCUUCACCAACUGACUUUAUUGUUGCUGAGCUACCGCCGAGUAGUCCUAGGUGAGCAGCUUGUUUACAGCUCAUUAGCUUGUCUCCAUAGUAGCACUAUAUCUUGAUCAGGUUAUGUAAGUGUCAGCUAGCAAACUACUUGGGCCAUUUCGCAGUCUUGCUCACUCAUUAAGUCAUGUACGCAUAGAGGGGUGGUAUGUCUAACCAAAAAAAAACCCCUCAGUUGAUAGAAUUGCCUGGUGGAAAUCUAUUACUGUGUAUACUUGAGUAUAAGCCGACUUUUCCAGCACAUUUUUUAUGCUGAAAAAGCCCCCCUCAGCUUAUACUCAAGGGUCCGUCAGUGGCAGCGGAAUGAGCAGCAUGAAAGCAGCCCUUUUGGGCUGCUUGUUCUUCCUCCGGCGCUGCCACCACCAGCCUCUGCCUCUCAGCAGCACCCUAGGUAGGCAGGGGCUGGGGGGGGGGAGCCCCAUCUGCCGUGUGCACCCACCAGGAGGUUUGUGGUGUGGUGAACCAGCUUAUACUCGAGUCAAUAAGUUUUCCCAGUUUUUUGUGGUAAAAUUAGGUGCCUCGGCUUAUAUUAGAGUAUAUAUGGUAGGUAUCAUCUGUCUAUGGGUCCUUAAAAUUGCCAAAUAUUAGCAUUUUCCAACGUGUUUCCUGCAAACACAACACUAGGAUAGAAUUUGAUGGGGAGGGGGAGACUCCAGUUUUGCCUGCAGAUACAUUUAUCAGGUAAAAAUGUAACAGGUCCCUAUCCCACUGUUAAGCACAACCCUUAUGGUCAAGUGUUUCCUGCUUUUCUUUUUUAUAGGGCACUUAAGAAGCUCUGUGUGUGAACGAGUAAAUUUGAUUAUCAAGGCUGCCAGACCCAAACUACAGAUCAGUGAUCUUGUUGAAAGAGAUUCUGUAGAGUGCGACAUUGAAGAUUUCCAGAAUAUUCUCUCUCUGACUCUGGGGCAGCCACUUCCCCAACCCAUAAAGGAAAAGACUGAGCUACUCCAAGAGUUGCUUCUCGCUGCUAUGAACUAACACAGGAAAUAUUGGAGAGCUGAAAUAUAGACUUCAAGUAUGAACAGCUGAGCACUGAAUUUUCAGAAACGAUCUCUAACAGUAACAUUAACCCCCCCCCCCCAUUUUGUAUUCAUCGGUGGACAAGAGGUUGUACAACUUGAUCUUCGAUUUCUGUUGUCAUGCAGAUCUGUUAGUCUUUUUGUUUUGAGUUUCAUAUAGUUUUUAUAAUAAAUUAUUUUAUUAAGUGAGAGGCGUGAGAAUUUUACAUUUAUAGGGACAAAAACACUGGAAAUUGUUUAUUCAGUAGUAAGAAUCGAAGGGCUUACUCCCCGAUAUGUAGAUUGCAGUCUUAGUGAUGUGUGACAGAUUCUGCCAUUUGCAGUGAUGACCACAUCCCUAAAAGUCAUUCUCUAAGGUUUUUUUUAUUAUUGUGCAGAGAUGUUAAGCACAGAGACAUGAACACAAAAUAUCACAAAAUAAGUUAACACUAAACAAAAAGCUGGAUCACUGUUUACACACAGCAAUAGUGAUGACAAAUAGGGCAGAAAAAGCUACAGUGGUAUUGAAGCACAAGUCCUCAUGUCGUCAAUGUAAGUAAAGGAAUAAGAUGAAGCUGAGUGAGACACCACCAAGUCACUCAGCUGCAGAACUGCCAACAAUCUGUAGAAACAACACAGUUCAGAAAGGGGACAGAUCCCAUUUAGGACAUUAAAAAAAAAGAUUAGUGAGGACGUCUCAGUAAACAUGCUGUUAAACAAAAGACCUUUUUAUCUGCAUAAUGGAUAUUCCAAGAUUGCCAUCUCAUCACUAUAAAGCCAACCGGUGACUUACGAGUUUAGGACAAGGACAGUACCUGCCCCCUAUGUCUUCAAGCAAUCACAGAACACGUCAAGUCUUCCACUGUCUGAUUGCUCAAAUAGAAAUUAGCAACAAUUUAUGCAAAUGCUUAUGUUCACAUCUAAGGUGAGACGCUAGGUUAAAAUCUUCCCUGUGCUCUAAUGACUUAUUUUCCUCUUCCUCCCCAAGAAAUAUAUAAAUAAGCAUAACCACUGUCCCUUUAACUUUAUAGUUAUUAUCUCACAUCCUUUCCCCUGAAAGUGCUACUAAUAAUUCCAAAUGAAACCCCAGGAAAACAGCUACAAAUCCCUUUGUUACCUCUAGGAAUGAAGAAACUUUUCCAUUCUACUGCGGCUCCAGCUUCAUGGUAUGCAGAACCCAUUUGAUGCAAAGGGCUUCACAAACAGUAUCAUUUCAUAGUACAAGUCUAGAAUUAGUACUGAUAUUUUUUUCAUGUUGAAACAUUUAGGUCCCGAAGACAUGAAUCUCUUACAUGUAGAAAUAGCCAAGCAGGGAGUCUUCAACUUUCAAGCAUGGUGCUAAAUUUCUCCAAUAUUCUUACCAGAGCAUUAGACUUCAGUUGAUGCUAGAUUCCCUCAAACGGUUCAAAGAAGAUACUAGAAAGUUAUACAUUGUCCUUCAGUAAUCUUGCACGAAUAAAGUAGAUGUCUACACAAACAGCAGCCCAAAUAUUCAAGCCAAACAGGUCCAAUAAGUUGACUGUUUCCCUUUAUAAAACUUAGGUAUUCAGAGAAGCACAGAACUGCAUGUCAGAACUCUGUUGGCAAGAUAGUUAUUAUUUUGGUGCUGCAUAAGAGACCUUUGGAAGGAAAAAAAGAGCAAGAAAUUCAGAAAGUUGCCCAAAUCUUGUUUCACCACUGUCUGUAACUCUGACCUAGAAGAGACCUUCCUAUGUCAACUGUAUGUGGGGAAUGUGAAAGACACCCUAGGACAAUAUAGUCCAUCAGAUUUCAAGAUCAUCCUGCCUUUUAAGUGGAGGUGUUUCUAGAACCCAGUAGGAGUAAGCACAUUCAUGUCCCGGGGUCUGAGGUUAUGAGAACGUGGGGACCGCUUCUUUUCAUCCAUAGCUGGAAUGUCCAUCUUGGGAGGCUUGAAAGUUGCAGGGUCCUCUGCCAUCCUGGUGGCCUGGGCACGCAUUAGUUCCAUUGGGGUUGGUUUCUGGGCACCCUUAUAGGCCUGGACGGUAAAACCCCCUGAGAGAAGAAGAG